AUGCAAAGCUCCUCACCAUCCGCUGACCCCCUCGCAAUCCUUCCCCCCGAGCUGGUCCUGCGCGUCCUGGAGUUCGCCUCGCUGUCCACAGUCGCUGCCCUCACCGCAGCUUCCAAGGCCUGGCACCAGUUCAUCGACCUCACCCACCAGGAUGCCAUCUACUCCGUGCUCUCCAAGUCAGCCGAGCCUGCCGCUCCUACAUUCUCUCGCUGGUUCGACGAUACCACGUCAUGCAAGGGUGUCUGUGCACGCCAAACACGGCUUGCCCGAAAUUGGGACUCGGCGCACCCCGUGAGCCGCGAGCGCAUCUUGCAAGUCGGCAACGACCCUGUUUGGCGGUUUCGCGCGGACUUGAAGCGACGAUUUAUCGUGUCAACCUCUCAUGCAGGCGGCCUGAACGUGACGGAUAUCGACACCGGCCGCAUCUUAUGGCGUCUGCCCUCCAGCCUGGAUACCGAUAACGAGCAUGCUGUCCGCCCUUAUGCGCACCUUGAAUACCAGGAUGGAAUGGUGGUGUUUGACCGGGAAGGUGACGCGGUUGAGGUCUGGCAGGCAGAUGUGGAAGAUGCCUCCCGCGGAGAGUUUCGUCGCAUUGCUAUUCUGGACCACGACUGCCAGACAAGGGGCUUCCAGCUAUCAUAUUGGACACUCUGCGUGGUGUCGACGCAGGGCCAAGGGUUUGUGUAUGAUAUGACAAAGCGUCCUCCGACAAGAACUACCCAUCUCCACAUUGAGAACGAUGCGGUUGGUCAUCUAGACCAGAGCCGAGACGCUGUGGUAUACUCUAUGGGUCCGCGAGGAUACCAUGUAUAUGACAAGCAGUCUGCUGAAUUCCUGGGCGCACUGCGCCCAUCGCAGUGUACGGAAAUGUAUCAUAUUCGCCCUCCCAAGGGCAGCUCCGUUUCGGCGAGCGCAAGGUUAAUGGGUCUUGCACAACACGAUCCACUGCGUCAAUAUUCGUCGCCAGGACCGGCGACUAAAGACCAUAUGGUACCCAUCAAAUUGGAGAAAGGCCCACUACCACCGCCAGACGAUACAGAACACGUUCGACAUGGCGAGGACGAAUGGGGCGCGGGCAUGCUGAAUGGCGAUCUGUUUGUUGGUGUUUCUCGCGCUGGUCGCGUUUUUGUGUGUUCGGACUGGCGCAAGGCCAUCCACGAUGAAGCCAGUUUGGCAGCGUGCAGCGCCAUCAUCGAAUGCGAGUCAGACGGAUCAACCUUCGAUUUGGGUGGCUGGCUAUCAGUCCGCAAUCAUCGCCUGAUGUUUGAAGUCCAGGACCGGGCUUAUGUUGUUGCACUUGACAAUAAUAACCGUAUCCAAGAUGUCGAUUCUCCAGAGCGUGCAUCGUACUCAUUCCUUACAUGCUCUACACCACAACUGGCCGUUCCAAUCAGUUUCAUGGCCCUGUACGGCGAUGCAAUCAUGACCACCUAUACAACACUUGGCCGACGCCAACCUCCGCCGAAUGUUCCAGGUGCAGCGCCACCUGACCACCACGAAGGCCCUGCGCGCAUCUUCCCAACGAAAACAAUCCGGAUACUCAGCAUGGCGCCUGAUAGUCCCGCCGUAAAUGCCACACCGGAGUCAUCCUCUGCCAGCGGAGGCCUUUGGGACACGGAUCAAAGUCCACCCCCGGCCGAUGAGAUCGUUCGUUCUCAGGCCUUGCUUCAGUUGCUUAGCAUGCUCCGAGACGAGUAUGGCGAAACAGAAGACGAUCGCUCUGAUGAUAUGUGGGAGGAUGUGGACGAAGAGUAG